UUGAUUAAACCAGAAUAUGUUAGCACAACUGGAAGCAUACUUAAGCAAAUAUAACUAACCAGCAUCAAUUACCUUCGUGUUAUCAAUGACUAACAUAACGAGGAGGAAUUAUUUAAAACAAACGGCAUAAAUACAGCGUUGCUUUUGUCUCAAAUACCCGGAUGCUUUGCACGCGCACGUCAAUAGUACUUCAGUUGCAACAUGGCGGCCUCCAUGCUGACAAGUUUAUGUUUCUUUCAGUUUACCAAGCUAACAUGUUCGAGGGAUGUGUACCGUCGUUUGGUAACCGUAUUUCAUAAUGACAAAAUGCGAGCGAGGCGUUGUAUUGGCUAUAGUCAUUCGCACAUGUAUACAACCUCACAUUUUACACAGAACGAUCGGCUUUCACGCAUCCCAGUCGAUAAACUGAAGAUAACAUAUAGUCGGAGCAGUGGACCAGGUGGUCAACAUGUCAACAAGGUCAGUACAAAGGCAGAGGUCCGUUUCCACGUUCAAACAGCUGAGUGGAUUCCAGAAGAAGUAAGGAGAGAGAUUCUCUUGAAGAAUAAAACUCGUGUAAACAAAGCAGGAGAGUUAAUUGUGACUUCAGAGAUUAGCAGAAGCCAGCAGAGAAACCUGGAAGACUGCAUUCAGAAGAUCUCAGAAAUUAUUACUGAGGCUAGUCAGCGGCCUCCAGAGCCAUCUGCUGAGGAUAUCGCCCUGAGGGCUCAUAGGUUGGAGAAAAGAAAUUUGGAACGACUUAAACAGAAGAAGAUACAUGCUACAACAAAACAUGCAAGACGAGUUGACUUUGACUGAUCCAUUAACAUUAAUGUUUCUUCACAGGGGAAUUCCAUAUAUAAACUUUUUUAGAAACUGUCAAAUGAAACAUUGCAAAAGUACAAAAGUGGUGUUUUCUUUUGCUGUACAUAAUGCAUAUAGGUAAGUGUGGCCUUCAAGCCCACCAAAAUUAGACAUGUUUUCAGACAAUUUUAUUUAUUUUUACAGAAACACAUGGAUAAAAUUGAAUAUUAAUCUAUCAUUUGAGAAUAUAUUAAACUCUCUUCCAUAUGUCAAUUUCUGUCAUUUUUAAAAUCUAAAAUAAAAAUAUAUAAUCAAAUAUGUGAAAUGUCUGACACUGGGGACAUUGUCUGAUUAAUUGAUAAAAUAUUUAUGUUUUUAAUUGUUUCAGCUGGGAAAACAACCAAUUAAUUGUAUAAUACCAUUUAACAUUUAUAACAACAAAAUGAUGAAUUCUUUAACAUAUAAAAUACAUCUUGUGCUUUUGCAUCCUUUUGAUACAUUAAAGUCUCGUCUUGUGUUCCGUGAAAGGAAUAAAGUCAUAGGUAGACUUGGGACAUAUGAGGUAAAUGUUGCAGUUACUCUCACAGUAACUGGAGAUGUUUGUGUGUGUGUGUAGUUCUAGGUAAAAUAAGAAAAAGCAUUCAGAAGUAAUAACAUUACUAUUGGAAUUAGCAGAAAUAAAUAUAAACCAUCAAGAUACUGCAAAUCAUGUUAUUCUUACAUUACACCAACUAAAAUGUGACAGCAAAGUAUAUUAUCUGCAAUUAUUUGCUGUAUGAACAUAAUUAUAUCAUAUGCAUGUAAUUGCAUAUUGUCCUGAGAUGAAUAGAAUUGACAGCAGUACAAAGUAACUUCAACUAAAAUAUAUUGUUAAUAUAUAUGGAAUAAUAUUAUGCAUUCUUCAUAGAUCUCUCAUAUAGGAACUAUGCUGCAAAUAUGGAAAUAAAAAAUUUCAAAUGACACAUUAAAUGCAGAAUUCAACUAUUGUAAUGAAGAUUAAAAUA